AGCCGAGGCUGUGCUGAGCUGAGCUGCAGACAAGGCGAGGUGGCUGCACCUUGAGUCCGGGGGCAGCGCUGGGCUGCUUUGGUCGGCAAUGGACAGCAGACCUCUUCAUUAAUCUAUCAAAAAAUAAAGGCGCAUGCAUGCAUCAAACUGACAACGCAGCCCCAGGUCAAAGUCAAGAGGAAAGUGAUGGCGGAGCCGCAGAAUUGAGUUGCAGCAAAACAAGAGGAACGUCCCUCGGCUCCACAAUCACUGUUGCACUUCAAGGGCUUUAUUUUUUAUUUGUAAACAACAAUCGUCUUUCCUAUGUGCUGGUGACAAGGGAUUCGCGCUCGCUUUAAGGGCCGGGGAUGCAACAAGUCGAUUGGAGCAAAGACUCCCCGCAUCUGCCUGGAUUAUGUUAUCAUUUCUCAGCACGUGUAUUCCACUAACUGGAUCGGCCUUACAUGCUCCUUCCCUUCCACACUGUGAUCUCGCCAGCUGAGGACACAAAGCUGCACCUUUCAUGAUUGCUGCCGUGGCUCACGAAGAGGAAGCAACUAAUUAUGAGAAGACUGGUUUGCUGCAAGGUUGUGCUGGCCACGUCCUUGAUCUGGGUGCUCCUGGACGUUGUCUUGCUGCUGUACUUCAGUGAAUGCAAUAAGUGUGAUGACAAGAAGGACCGCUCUCUCUUGCCUGCUCUGAGAGCUGUCAUAUCCAGAACACACGAAGGUCCAGGGGAGAUGGGAAAGGCUGUCCUUAUUCCCAAAGAAGAUCAGGAGAAAAUGAGGGAAAUGUUCAAAAUCAACCAGUUUAAUCUCUUGGCGAGCGACUUGAUUGCCCUGAAUAGAACUCUUCCAGAUGUGAGAUUGGAGGGAUGCAAGACAAAGGUUUACCAGGAUGAUCUUCCAGACACAAGUGUGGUCAUUGUUUUUCACAAUGAGGCCUGGAGUACUCUGCUCCGUACAGUUCAUAGUGUACUUAUUCGAUCGCCCAAGAAUGUUCUCGCAGAGAUUAUCCUUGUUGAUGAUGAGAGUGAAAGAGAUUUUUUGAAGAAACCUUUGGAGAAUUAUGUUAAGAAUUUGCAAGUUCCAGUGAAGAUAAUUAGGAUGGAGCAACGUUCGGGAUUGAUCCGUGCCAGGCUUCGAGGGGCAGCUGCUUCAAAGGGCCAGGUCAUUACUUUUCUGGAUGCGCACUGUGAAUGCACGAUCGGCUGGCUUGAACCCCUGCUGGCAAGAAUAAAAGAAAACAGAAAGACGGUGGUCUGCCCAAUUAUAGAUGUGAUCAGCGACGAUACGUUUGAAUACAUGGCGGGCUCUGACAUGACGUACGGUGGUUUUAACUGGAAAUUAAACUUCCGCUGGUAUCCUGUCCCCCAGAGAGAGAUGGACCGGCGAAAAGGGGACAGAACCAUUUCCGUUAGGACACCAACUAUGGCAGGCGGUUUAUUUGCCAUAGACAGGGAUUAUUUUGAAGAGAUUGGAACUUACGAUGCAGGAAUGGAUAUUUGGGGAGGAGAGAACCUGGAGAUGUCUUUUAGGAUAUGGCAGUGCGGUGGCUCUUUGGAGAUCAUUACCUGUUCUCACGUUGGCCAUGUAUUCCGUAAAGCCACCCCAUACACAUUCCCUGGUGGCACCGGGCAUAUCAUCAACAAGAACAAUCGACGCCUAGCAGAGGUCUGGAUGGAUGACUUCAAAGAUUUCUUCUACAUUAUAUCACCAGGAGUUGUUAAAGUGGAUUACGGAGAUGUGUCGGCAAGAAGGCGCCUGAGGGAGAGACUGAAGUGUAAAUCUUUCUCCUGGUACUUGGAAAACAUUUAUCCUGACUCCCAGAUCCCAAGGCAUUACUAUUUACUUGGUGAGAUUAGGAACGUUGAUACUAACCAGUGCCUGGAUAAUAUGGGGCGGAAAGAGAAUGAAAAAGUCGGCAUCUUCAAUUGCCAUGGCAUGGGGGGAAAUCAGGUAUUCUCCUAUACAGCAGAUAAAGAGAUCAGGACGGACGAUCUAUGUCUCGAUGUGUCAAGGCUGAAUGGUCCAGUUGUGAUGCUUAAGUGUCAUCACAUGAGAGGGAACCAGUUGUGGGAAUAUGAUGUCCAGAGGCUUACACUACGACAUGUAAAUAGUAAUCAAUGUCUGGAUGAGCCAACGGAGGAAGAAAAAAUGGUUCCCACCAUGAAGGACUGCAGUGGAGUCCAAUCGCAACAGUGGGUGCUACGCAACAUGACACUGAGUACUUAAUGGUGGAAGAAACGUCACCGAUUUAUUUCAUUGCUAUUCUUACUUUUGAUACAAAAUCUAUAAAGAACUCACGGCUCUCAGUGAUCAGGCGUGAACUAAAACACGUUGUGCAAGCUUUUUGACUGAAUGGUUGAAAACAUAUUAAGCAUUACUCAUAUCUCAACUGGGCAUGUCAUGUGCCCACACUAAAUUUGCAUUUGCUUUUGGAGAAAGUACAUUAUAAAUAGCAUGAUGCGUGCUAUUGCUCAAGCUAUAAAAACACUUCCAAUGAUUCAGCUGACUUAAAUCCACAAUGUUGAAACCACGAAAUGCAGAUAGUGGUUUAUAUAAAAGAUAGACACAAAGUGCCUUUCUUAUUUUCUCCUGAGAUGCUGCCUGAUCCGCUGAGUUACUCCAGCACUUUGUGUCCAUCUUUGACUUAAAUCCACAGUCUCCUAAUGAACCGCACUGAAAAGUAAAUUACCUAAUAAUGUCAUUGCAAAUUCGUUUGGGAAUAGCUGUGUGGUCAGAUGCCUUAAAAUAAUAGUUGAAAUUAAUUAAAGGUAUUUUUGAGAGCAAAAACAAUAUCUAAUUACUGUCAAAAUGUUUGAAACAUUCCUUAAAUUAAGUCAAUGUUAUUUGGUACCUUAGUUUCUGUAACUGAUUUAAUGUUACUAUUGAUUAUCAAGAAAUAAAACCAUGUUUUUGGUGAAUAAAUUUAUUGAAACAAUCCAGAACCCAGUGCUCAUAUUCAUGACAGUAUAGAAAACAAUUCUAUUUACACCUAAAUACCAUUUAAAUAUCAGUCACUACUCGGUGAGAAAAUUCAAAAAUCACAGCAUAGAUUAUUGGUAAGAAAAUAUCAGAAUGUAUUAUUAACAGCUUUAUAUUUUUAAAUGGAAUCCCUGUUUAGAUGAUGUAAAUGUUAGUAUUUAACAAUUUUGGCUUUUAAUUUACAGUUUUAAAAUAAAUCUAAGAAUUUUAGGUUAAUAAAGUAUGUAAUAAAAGUGAAUACUGAUGGGUCAAAAAUGCUGUAGAUAUUUUAAGUCACAUUUAUUAGAAAUAGCAAUUCAGUAAAAUCAUCCUUUACUUAUUUUGUUUGAUGCCUCGUUUGGUACAGUAACCAGCCACUUCUUUAUUUAGUUUGGUUGAAAGCAAAGGGAAUAAUGCUGCUUCCAGCUCCAAGGCAUGCAUAAGACCAAUUAAUUCCACACCAUAUUAUAAAUAGUAAAGCCUGACCAAUAUCCAUAAGAUGUUCGCUGUUGUUUCUUCAGGAAUAUCCUUAAGAUGCUGUGAUUGUAUACUUUGCUGUAAAUUAAGCUAUUUGUACAUUUUUGUAGAAAUUAAAUUUUAUGGAAAAUC